UUUAAUAGUUAAUGGGAAAAAAUCCUAGGAAAUCACCUUGAAGGUCAUACUACUUGAUGCAGCAUGACUGUAAUAUUCAGGUCUCCCUUACACCUCUGAAUUCCACAGUGAAUGGAGGGUUGUCUGUCAUUACCUAUUAGGACUUAACUGAGGAAUCUCUGGGUUACAACCAACAAAGCCUUGCAUUGUUGUGCCCCAGACCUGUUACUAAGAUCUCACCAGCUGAAUGAAAACCGUGUCACCGAGUGGGCAGCCCAGGAAUGGCAAAUGUCUUCUCUCCUGUCUUCUUCUCCUGCUGUUGAUAAGUCCUAACACAGACCAGCUGUCCGCCGUGUUUCUGGGUCCCAUGGGGACACUGAGUAUUUGUGCUUUUUAUAAGCACCAAGGACACAGUCUGCCCAGGCUCACUAGGGAAUUGCUUCAUUCCAGGCAGGCAAAAGGGCAGAAGGCAGGAACUUGCAGUAAUUUCUCAGGAGAAUUCUGUUGCCAGUGGAGAAAUUGCACCUGAGGGUUUUGUGCCACAAAGCUAAUCCUUCUGCAUGUUUUAGGUUUCCCUCAGGAAAACACUGUGGCCGGGCUUUGAGUGCUUUAUGAGCAACUAACUUCUGUGGAGUCGGACAUUGAUGUGCUCACCUGCAAGAGCAGCCCUUGGAGGGAAUCUUUGUGCCUGGCUCUGCCCAACAAAUAUGCCUGGCAUUUUGCAUCUUGGCACUGAACACUGAAAACAUGGUUAUGAACGGGGCCAACAACCUAAAUUCCUUUGAGUUUAACUAGGGAGUAAGAGACUAGAAAAGGCUAAACUUCACUCUCAGAAGCACUAAAUCUUUUUCCUGAGUUUCCUUGGUUCCUGAUUGUGUGAGUUAUCUGUUCGGAAGUACUGCCUGUGUCCUAUAGGGGAGUGCUAAGAGAGGGCAUUAUGGAUGGAAAUGUUCUUUUUCAGUCGCUGUUUUAAUCAUUGCAGAGGACAUUGAACUUUGAAAAAAAAAUGUUGGAAACCAUAGACAAAAACCGGGCCCUGCAGGCAGCAGAGCGCUUGCAAGCUAAGCUACGAGAACGUGGGGAUGCAGUAAAUGAAGAAAAACUGAGCCUUCUGAAGUCAGUUCUGCAGAGUCCACUUUUCAGCCAGAUUCUGAACCUUCAGACUUCUAUACAGCAGCUGAAGGACCAGGUAAACAUCACAACUCCAACAACUUCAUCUGUUGAACAUACCCACAUUCCUCAUCUUAAUUCUGCUGUGAUUCCGACUCUGUCAAAUGAAUCCUUUUUAUUAUCUGUAAAUAAUGGGAAUCUGGAAGCAUUUACAGGGCCUGGUACACACAUCAAUGGGAAACCUACAUGUGAUGAACUUGAUCAGCUGAUCAAAAAUAUGGCUCAGGGUCGACAUGUGGAAGUUUUUGAGCUCCUCAAGCCUCCAUGUGGAGGCCUUGGGUUUAGUGUUGUGGGGCUAAGGAGUGAAAACAGGGGAGAGCUGGGAAUAUUUGUGCAAGAGAUCCAAGAGGGCAGUGUGGCUCACAGAGAUGGAAGACUGAAGGAAAGUGAUCAGAUUCUUGCUAUCAAUGGACAGGUUCUUGAUCAGACAAUUACACACCAGCAGGCUAUCAGCAUCCUACAGAAGGCUAAGGAUUCAGUUCAGCUAGUUAUUGCCAGAGGCUCCUUGCCCCAGGUCAUCAGCCCCCGAGUGUCCCGUUCUCCAUCUGCAGCCAGCACCAUCUCUGCUCACUCGAAUCCGGUUCACUGGAAGCAUGUGGAAGCAAUUGAACUGGUGAAUGAUGGAUCUGGUCUGGGAUUUGGCAUCAUUGGUGGUAAAGCAACGGGUGUGAUAGUCAAAACCAUCCUGCCUGGAGGAGUAGCUGAUCAGCAUGGGAGAUUAUGCAGUGGAGACCAUAUUCUCAAGAUUGGUGACACAGAUCUGGCAGGAAUGAGCAGUGAGCAAGUAGCACAAGUUCUGAGACAGUGUGGGAAUAGAGUUAAGUUGAUGAUUGCAAGAGGUGCCAUGGAGGAAACGGCAGCAUCCACCUCUGUGGGAAUCUCUUCCUCCCCAUCUUCUGCACCAGACAUACGGGUUGAUGCCUCUACUCAAAAAAGUGAAGAAAGUGAGACCUUUGAUGUGGAACUCACUAAAAAUGCCCAAGGAUUAGGAAUUACCAUUGCUGGCUAUAUUGGAGACAAAAAAUUAGAACCUUCAGGAAUCUUUGUAAAGAGCAUUACAAAAAGCAGUGCUGUUGAACAUGAUGGAAGAAUCCACAUUGGAGACCAGAUCAUAGCCGUGGAUGGCACCAGCCUCCAGGGAUUUACCAAUCAACAGGCAGUGGAGGUGUUGCGACACACGGGACAAACAGUACGCCUGACACUAAUGAGGAGAGGGAUGAGGCAGGAAGGAGAGGCUACACCAAGAGAGGACGUCACAACAGACCUUGAAGCGCCCCCCAUUAAUGCCAGCAUAAGCAAAGAAAAUUAUGAGAAAGGUGAAGAUUCCUUAUCAUCGAAGAGAAACACCAGCAUAUUACCAAUUGAAGAAGAAGGGUAUCCGUUGUUGUCAGCUGAGGUAGAAGAGGCAGAAGAUGUACAGCAACAAGAAGCUACCCUGCUGACAAAGUGGCAGAGGAUAAUGGGAAUUAACUAUGAGAUAGUGGUGGCCCAUGUGAGUAAGUUCAGUGAGAACAGUGGUCUGGGGAUCAGUCUGGAGGCAGCAGUGGGACAUCAUUUCAUCAGAUCCGUGCUACCCGAGGGGCCUGUUGGACACAGCGGGAAACUCUUUAGUGGAGACGAGUUAUUGGAAGUAAAUGGUGUAACUUUGCUUGGAGAAAAUCACCAGGAUGUGGUCAAUAUUUUAAAAGAAUUGCCUAUCGAAGUCACGAUGGUGUGCUGUCGUCGAACUGUUCCAUCCACUGGCCAUUCAGAAUUGGAUAGCCUGGACUUCACUGAUAUUGAGAUAACAGAAAAGCCUCAUUUAGAUCUAGGUGAGUUCAUUGGGUCUUCAGAAACAGAGGAUCCACUGCUGGUGCUGACCGAAGCUGGUCAGAAUGUGGAGGAGGUCCAAGCACCUUUGGCCAUGUGGGAGGCUGGUGUUCAGUACAUAGAUCUGGAGAAAGGAAGCAGAGGCCUUGGUUUUAGCAUUUUAGAUUACCAGGACCCAAUUGACCCAGCAAGCACUGUGAUUGUCAUACGUUCCCUGGUGCCUGGUGGCAUUGCUGAGAAGGAUGGGCGCCUUCUUCCUGGAGAUAGGCUCAUGUUUGUCAAUGACAUUAGCUUGGAGAACAGCAGUCUGGAAGAGGCAGUGGAUGCACUGAAGGGAGCGCCAGCUGGAACUGUGCGGAUAGGCGUGGCCAAGCCUUUACCGCUUUCUCCAGAAGAAGGUUACGUGUCUGCUAAGGAGGAUUCUUUGCCCUGCCCACCGCACCCCUGCGAGGAUCCAGGGUCUGACAAAGCGCUCUUUAGGGCUGACUUAGCUCUGGUGGACACACCAGAGGGUGAAUUAGUAGAUGAGUCUACUUUUGCAUCUCAGUACUCUCUGGAUAAGGACAGCGUCUACUCUACUCAAGCCUCCAUCUUAUCUCUUCAUGGCAGUGUUUGUAGUGAUGGCCUCAACUAUGGCCCCUCCCUUCAAGCCUCUUCUCCUAAGGAUAUUAGUGAAGAUUCUGAUCCAGCACUUGAUCUGCAUAUGUCCUUGGAAGAGCUCUAUGCCCAGAAUCUCCUGCAGAGACAGGAUGAGAAUCUACCCUCAAUAGAUCCAAGCCAUGUUUCUGGCUUCACCAUGAAUGAUUAUACCCCUGCAAAUGCUAGAGAGCAGCACUACGAAUGUGAAAGCAGAAUAGCUUGGACUGAGUCUCAGUUAACCAGUGAUGUGAUGCCACGCACAGAACUUGCUUCUCCUGAGCUACCUGACUCAACUGGGAAGGGUUCUGAGUAUUUGAUUGAACAGCACUCCCUGGCCUCAAAUGCUGGAAGUGUCAUACUGCAGAAUAUGUCAAGAGAAUCUUUUGAGAGGACUAUUACUAUAGCAAAAGGCAAUUCUAGUCUAGGGAUGACAGUAAGUGCGAAUAAAGAUGGCUUGGGGAUGAUUGUUCGAAGCAUUAUUCAUGGAGGUGCCAUUAGUCGAGAUGGCCGCAUUGCUAUUGGAGACUGCAUUUUGUCUGUCAACGAAGAAUCUACCAUCAGUUUAACCAAUGCCCAAGCACGAGCCAUGUUGAGAAGACAUUCUCUCAUUGGAUCUGAUAUAAAAUUUUCUGCAGCACCUGCUGACGAUCGAGCCCCCUUUUAUGUAAUUACUUACAUACCUGCAGAACAUUUGGAAGAAUUUAGAAUAAGCUUGGGACAGCAAUCUGGAGGAAUAAUGGCCCUGGAUAUUUUUUCUUCAUAUACUGGAAGCAGAGACAUUCCAGAACUGCCAGAACGAGAAGAAGGAGAAGGAGAAGAGAGUGAACUUCAGAACGCAGCCUAUAGCAAUUGGAAUCAGCCCCGGCGGGUUGAACUUUGGAGAGAACCAAGCAAAUCCUUGGGCAUCAGCAUUGUUGGUGGACGAGGGAUGGGGAGUCGCUUAAGCAAUGGGGAAGUGAUGAGAGGCAUUUUCAUCAAACAUGUUCUUGAAGAUAGUCCAGCUGGCAAAAAUGGAACCUUGAAACCUGGAGACAGAAUAGUAGAGGUGGAUGGAAUGGACCUCAGAGAUGCAAGCCAUGAGCAAGCUGUGGAAGCCAUUCGGAAAGCAGGCAACCCCGUAGUCUUUAUGGUACAGAGCAUUAUAAACAGACCAAGGAAAUCCCCUUUGCCUACCUUGCCGCACAACCUUUACCCUAAGUACAACUUCAGCAGCACUAACCCAUUUGCUGACUCUCUCCAGUUCACCGCUGACAAGGUACCCAGUCAGUCAGAGCCAGAGCCAGAGCCACAGCAAGCUCCAUUGUGUGGUAGGCCUUCACCCUCUCCUUCAUCGUUGGCAGAAAUGGGUAUGGAUCACACAGAGUCAGCUGCAAGCACAGCCUCAGAAGAUGUGGAGAAAGAGGAUGAGUUUGGUUACAGCUGGAAGAAUAUCAGAGAGCGUUAUGGAACCCUAGCAGGAGAGCUUCAUAUGAUUGAACUGGAAAAAGGUCGCAGUGGUCUGGGUCUAAGUCUCGCUGGGAACAAAGAUCGAACUAGAAUGAGUGUUUUUAUUGUGGGGAUUGACCCAAAUGGAGCAGCAGGGAAAGAUGGACGAUUGCAGGUUGCAGAUGAGCUCCUGGAGAUCAAUGGCCAAAUUUUAUAUGGAAGAAGUCAUCAGAAUGCCUCAUCAAUCAUCAAAUGUGCUCCUUCUAAAGUUAAAAUAAUUUUUAUAAGAAAUAAAGAUGCAGUAAGUCAGAUGGCUGUAUGUCCUGGAAGUACUGUUGAACCUCUUUCUUCUGCCUCUGAGAAUCUUCAAAACAAGGAGGUGGAACCAAGUGUUACUACUUCGGAUGUAGCUGUGGACCUCAGUUUAUUUAAAAACGUGCAUCAUCUAGAGCUUCCCAAGGAUCAAGGGGGUCUGGGCAUUGCUAUCAGUGAAGAAGAUACCCUCAGUGGAGUCAUCAUAAAGAGUUUAACAGAGCAUGGGGCAGCAGCCAAGGAUGGACGACUCAAAAUUGGAGAUCAGAUCUUGGCUGUGGAUGAUGAGAUUGUUGUUGGCUAUCCUGUUGAAAAGUUUAUUAGCCUUCUGAAGAUAGCAAAGGCAACAGUAAAACUGACCGUUCGUGCUGAGAAUCCAGAUUCCCAAGCAGCUGGUGUAGCCAAUGGUGAAAAAAAGAACAGCUCCAAGCCUCCUGCAGUCCCACAGUCUGGUGCCUCUGAACUGGAACCAGAUCCCAUGCGAAGUUCCAGCAGGUCAUCAACACCAGCGAUCUUUGCUUCUGAUCCUGCAACCUGCCCCAUCAUCCCUGGCUGUGAAACAACAAUUGAGAUUUCCAAAGGGCGCACGGGUCUGGGCCUCAGCAUUGUUGGGGGAUCUGACACACUGCUGGGUGCCAUUAUUAUCCAUGAAGUUUAUGAAGAAGGUGCAGCAUGUAAAGAUGGAAGACUUUGGGCUGGUGACCAGAUUUUAGAGGUGAAUGGAAUUGACUUGAGAAAGGCCACACAUGAUGAAGCGAUCAAUGUCCUGAGACAGACACCACAAAGAGUGCGGUUGACCCUUUACCGAGAUGAAACCCCAUACAAAGAGGAGGAUGUGUGUGAUGCCCUCACCAUUGAGCUACAGAAGAAGCCUGGAAAAGGCCUGGGAUUAAGUAUUGUUGGUAAAAGAAAUGACACAGGGGUGUUUGUGUCGGACAUUGUCAAAGGAGGAAUUGCAGAUGCUGAUGGAAGACUAAUGCAAGGAGACCAGAUACUGACUGUGAAUGGGGAAGAUGUCCGAAACGCCACACAGGAAGCCGUUGCUGCUUUGCUGAAGUGUUCCCUAGGCACAGUGACCCUGGAAGUUGGAAGAGUGAAAUCUGGGCCAUUUCAUUCAGAGAGGAGGCCUUCUCAAAGUAGCCAGGUGAGUGAAGGCAGCCUGUCAUCUUUCACUGUUCCUCUUUCUGGAAUAAAUACAGCUGAGAUACCGGAAAGUAGCUCAAAGAAGAAUGCACUAGCAUCUGAAAUACAAGGGUUAAGAACAGUUGAAAUAAAAAAGGGACCUACUGACUCCCUGGGAAUCAGCAUUGCUGGGGGAGUGGGAAGCCCUCUGGGGGAUGUUCCAAUAUUUAUCGCAAUGAUGCACCCCAAUGGUGUGGCAGCUCAGACCCAAAAGCUCAGAGUUGGUGAUCGGAUUGUCACUAUAUGUGGCACCUCCACAGAGGGAAUGACUCACACUCAAGCAGUCAGUUUACUGAAAAAUGCCUCAGGCUCCUUUGAAGUGCAGGUGGUUGCUGGAGGAGAUGUGAGUGUGGUCACAGGGCAUCAGCAGGAGCCUGUCAGUUCGAGUCUUUCUUUCACCGGACUCACAUCAAGUAGCAUAUUUCAAGAUGAUUUAGGACCUCCACAGUGUAAAUCUAUUAGCCUAGACCGAGGACCAGAUGGCUUAGGCUUCAGCAUAGUAGGAGGAUAUGGCAGCCCUCAUGGAGAUUUACCUAUUUAUGUUAAAACUGUGUUUGCAAAGGGAGCAGCCUCUGAAGAUGGCCGUCUAAAAAGGGGUGAUCAAAUCAUUGCUGUCAACGGGCAGAGUCUAGAAGGGGUAACCCAUGAAGAAGCUGUGGCCAUCCUUAAACGGACAAAGGGCACUGUCACAUUGAUGGUACUCUCCUGAAUUGGCUAUGAGAAAUGAACCAAUCCAGCUGGUCUUGUGGCUGAUAUUUCUUAUGCUGUAGUCAUGGGCCCUCAAAACUGUAGAGGAAAAAAGAAUAAACUUGUUUCCCAAGUAUGGAAAUAGUUUCUCCCCUGACAAACCAAGGUCAUUUUUCCUUUCCCCUCGCUUCUUGUGAAGCUAAGCUCAAAGAAAGGAGUUGUUGUACAGGUUUUCCAUUAAAGCUAUCUACUGUUUUCUAUCUACAUGUACAGAAAUUAUGUGCGUGCUCAUCCUGGUAGUAGAGAAAAGACCAUAAUUCUAAAGCUAGCCAAGAGAAGUAGCUUCAGCUAUUAGGGUGAGAAAUGAAAAAAUAUGGAAAAAAUGUUGGGUAGUUUUAUAAAAAAUGCCUCCAUUUGGCAAUCCAUCUCUCUUCCCUACUGCAAACUUUUAAAAAUCCUAUUCAAAAAUUUAAAUACCUUUUUAUCACUUUUAAGUUUUGCACAUUACAAAGAACUUACUUCUCCCUACGUCUGACACAUUUUUUUUCUGCUAAAAUUAUUUUCUAUGAUUGAGGCUCUAGCAAAUAUCUGAACUGUUCCUAAUUGUGUGAAGGAAUAAUCUUUAAUUUACAGGUGGAUGUUUAUUUUUGUUUUUAACCUGUUUUAAAGUAUUUUCAUAUUGCUGUAAGUAAACGAAGAUGCUACUCUGUGUCGACAAUGGAUUUUCUAGAAAGCAUGGGGAGCGAGGAUCUUGGAGUGCCUAUGUUAACAACUGAUGCAGCCCUGAAAAUAUGUCUGUGUGCUGUGUAAUUGUUUUUCAAUUAGUAUUGAUCUUAAUAACAGAGGAAAAAACAAUGUGUUAGUAAUUACUUUGGUUGUUUGCGAUUAGUGAAUUGAUAGAAAAAUGAAGGGAAUUAACAUAACUUCAUUUGGUUGCCUUAUAUUAACAUUUAUAAUACAAUAGUUUAAGACUAAGAGAGACAGAUGGAGCUGUUUAUUGAGACAACUGGCAAGAUAUUAUCAUGUGUUCAUUCCCAUUUUAGAGCGAGAAACUCCUACAUUAGAGUAUAUAAAGUCGCUUUAAAUAUUGUCUAUAUUUGUAACAGAAGCAGUGUACAGAUAUUUUAUUAUAGCAUUUUUGUGUAAAUGCAGAGUUAAAGUCAAUAAAUAAGUGGUGCACA